UCCGCCCGCGGCCUCCUCCGCCCGCGCCCACCUCCGGCCAGAAUUGCACCCUAUCACCAUAUGGCAAGUGGGUUCAAGGGACACCCAAAAAUUCGAAAAUGUCAUCAACUAUAUUUGGGCCAAAUUGACUACCGUGGUGUGCCGCAAAAAGCCCAAGUCUUCAAGAGAGGCCGGCCCACAAGCUCCGAAGGUUCCUUGCGUCCAGCCCACACCCACACCUCUCUCCCUCCCAACCCUACUCACGGUGGCAGCAAGCGCCGAGCGCGAGCGGCGACGGCCGACGGCGUCGAGGCGUGGGCGCGUGGCGGGCAGCUUUGGCGUCGCGCCUCAGCUUCACGCUCAACCACGCGUCGGCGUGACGGCGCGGGAGGUCUCGCGGAGCUGGGCGAGCUGCGGCCUCCCCAACCUGCGUGCGGUCGUGCGGAGUCCCAACUGCCGCUGCGCAUUCCCACAGGGCACAGGCGCUGCCGUGAGAUUACAAACCCUUGCACCCACACUGCUACUUUCUGGAUCCAGAGCUAGAUGAAUAUUGUCGAGCAUUGGCCACACGAUUCCUAGAGAUCCGUCCAUAUUCUUGGAAGCCUUUGAGGUUCUCACUUUUUUGCAAAUGAGUGCCGGUGGUGCUUUUGGUGGAAAUAGGGGGGUGAGGCCUGUACCUCCUGAGAAAGGUGUAUUCCCAUUGGAUCACUUACAUGAGUGUGACUUGGAGAAGAAAGACUAUCUUGCCUGCCUGAAAUCUACAGGAUUCCAGUCUGAACAAUGCCGGCAGUUCUCAAAGAAGUAUCUGGAAUGUCGGAUGGAGAGAAACUUGAUGGCGAAGCAAGACAUGUCAGAGCUUGGAUUCAGAAGUGUGGAUAAAGUGGAAACAGCUCCUGACAACAACGGCAUACUGGAGAGCUCUCCUAAUGAGCCAAAGGAGAAAAAAUAGCUGCUUAAUUCUGAUUUAGCUUUUGGAUGUUUCUGAUGCAAGUUCUUCAUCCAGGAGAUCUAUACAGAUCUGAGAACAAAGAAGGUUAUGAUAAAAAGGAAAAUGAUAGCAAUUUUAUAACCAACGCUGAAACUUACUGCUUUUACGAUACUACGUGAUCCAUGUUUUAUUGAGGGCUGCGGAUUAUAUUAACCAUACAUUUCUGAAUACAGCUUUUGCCUUUCUCCCAUUCAA